UUCAGAUCACUCAUAGUUGCGAAUCUAUUGUGAAAGGAUCGGUGCUCGAUUGAAACGAAAAUUUAAAGACCAUGGAAAAAUUUAUUAAAUUUUACGUACUCUUCCAUGGCUACGUUCUAGCUAUCUUGGCAAUAAUAAUGUCAAUCAGUAUUGUGACGUUAUAUGACUUGGAGUUCCAUAUGUAUUCAUUUUUGGAUUUAUCCUAUUAUACGCAAAUAGAGUGGAUGGGGGACUGGAUUUGGCUGAUUAGUUUCAUGUGGCUGGCUACAGGAAUAAGCUUUUUCUAUGGAAUAAUCUACAAGGAUAAACGAGCGCUCUUCCCCUACAUCAUAACCUAUGGGAUUCACAUGUUCAUUAUUGUGCUUCGCGAAGUACUGAUCGAGUCGGACACGUUUUUUGCGGUUGAUGCCUACAUUUUAGCCGAUUGUGUUUAUGCCACUGUCCAUAUUUGCAUAACCAUGGAAGUGUUGACGAAAUUUUUCAACGAGGAAAAUUCCCGCUGGGAGGGUACCGGAUUUGGACUUCGGCAAACCCAUCAGAACGCAUCGGAUGGCAAGGAUGUGGAAAAUCCCGGAUGCCAGGAGCAGCAGCAACAAUCGAACGGAUCGGAAAUUACGAGCCACCAGAAUGGAAGUGCCGUUUACAAUCCUACAACUGUUGAUGUUUUGUAAUAAAAGUUAUAUUGAAUUUUCAAA